AGCGCGGUGCCUGAUUGGUUGACACUGACAGAAUAGGCGUGUCAUUGGAUCAGUGGGCGGGUCUACGUCACUGCAGCAGUAGUAUGUGGUUAUUGCAGAGAGCGCUGCUGAUCGGUGUGUUGGGGAACAGGAGCUUUGCUAGAGCCAUGUGUGCACAGGCCCACGACUGGCAGUCGGCAAAGUCUAUAUACGAGUUCACAGCCAAAGACAUUGAUGGAAAUGAAGUAUCUCUAGAGAAAUACAGAGGUUAUGUGUGUAUCAUCACUAAUGUCGCCUCUAAAUGAGGCAAGACCCCAGUAAACUAUACUCAGUUUGCGGAAAUGCACGUCACGUACGCUGAGAAGGGUUUACGAAUUCUGGGUUUUCCCUGCAACCAGUUUGGAAAGCAGGAACCUGGAACAGAAGAAGAAAUCAAAGCGUUUGCUAAAGGCUACAAUGCAGAGUUUGAUCUUUUCAGUAAGAUCGAUGUGAAUGGAGAUGGAGCUCAUCCUCUGUGGAAAUGGAUGAAGGAACAGCCUAAAGGGAAAGGAACUCUGGGAAACAACAUCAAGUGGAAUUUCACUAAGUUCCUCAUUGACAAAGAAGGUCAGGUUGUGAAGAGAUACGGGCCAAUGGAUGAUCCAAGUGUUGUUGAAAAGGAUCUCCCCAAGUACCUGUAACCUCUUAAGUCCAAUUCAUUUAAUACCCUAUGUGUUUGUGAUCGCUCUUUCCGCUCUGGUUUGACAUGAGUGGACAUUAGCAGGGUCACACCCAGAUCUGUGACGGCCGCUCUUGAAGCCUCUCUACAGGUGAGGGCGGCCUGAUGAACCCUGACGUGCAAAUUCUCUGGGAAAACCCUUUAAUGUCCAGAUGUCUCACCAGAGAAGAGCCUGUUAUACAUGUGUAUACUGACAAUGAUAUAGAAAAUAUUUUCUAAUAGAUGGUAAUAAUAAUAAUAAACAACUGAAAUCAGAA